AUGGAGCUACCAAGCGACGCGCGUGACGUGCCUCUAGAGGAGCGCCUACGCCAGAAGCGGCAGGGUUUUGCCACGCGAAAGCAAGAUGAGACUCAUGCGCCUGUGAUUCGACAACGUGCGCAUCGAGACAACAAGAAUCAGCCGCUGGAGCUCUCGUCGAAGCGGGCAGUCGGACGGUUCCGGCAGGUGGUGGAGGUCAAAACGAAGCGCGCGCUCGAUCCGCGCUUCGAGGCACAGAGUGGCCGUCUGAACGAAGAUCUGUUCAGCAAGAGCUAUGCGUUCUUGGACGAGUACAAGCUAAACGAGCUGCAGCAGCUUAAGCGGCAGCUCAAGAAGACCAAAAGCGUGGCCAAGAAGGACGAGCUUAAACACGAGAUCGCUUUGCGACAACAGGAAAUGAUUGAGAAACAGAAACGGGACAAGAUUCAGAGUGCACUGACGAAACGCAAGCGCGAGGAGCGCGAGGCUGUAGCAAGCGGCAAGGGCGCCUUUUACCUGAAGCGGAAGGACACAAAAACGCUGGAGCUGCAAGCCAAGUUCCAGGACCUGCAGGAGACCGGAAGACUGUCCAAGUUUAUGGCCAAGAAGCGCAAGAAAAACGCCAGCAAGGAUCACAGAUGGCUGCCUACGCAACGGAAAUAG